AUGCCUCGUCGCCCGCCAGAGUCAAAAACAACCCCAGAUGGUGUUUUGUUGCAAUCCUCUGGCGGUUUCGACAUGAAAGCAGGCCAUUUUGUCACUUCGUCAGAGGCAGAUUUGCCAUUAAGCUUCUUUCUGGUCGUCUUGGCAGCACAAAAGCGCAGCCAACUUUACAAGCACCAAAAGUGCCCUGUCAACGAGAUCUGCGCUGGUUUGCAUCCGGCCGAGUCGCACUUGCAUUCUGGGCCUCAAAGCCUGCAAUUCUUCAUCUUCCGUUCAGCUGAUGACGUCUCGUCCUAG